AUUCAGUGCACGGUAAGAAACGUCUAAAGGGCGGGGCUUCUAACGGAAGCGCAAAAGCGACGUGUGCUUUCAGUGGAGCUGUUUGAGUGAGCUGCUCCAUUUGUAAAGAACACCAUGGUGCUGUUAGAAAACGACGCGUUUCUUACUGAACUCACACGCCUCUUCCAGAAGUGCAGGACCACCGGCAGUGUGGUGAUCACCUUAAAGAAAUAUGACGGAAGGACAAAGCCAGUGCCGAGGAAAGGCCACCCAGAGACAUUCGAACCAGCCGACAAUAAAUGUCUCAUCAGAGCAUCGGAUGGCAAGAAGAAAAUUAGCACAGUGGUCAGCACUAAAGAAGUCAUAAAAUUUCAGAUGGCGUACUCCAAUUUAUUGAGAGCACACAUGGAUGGCUUGAAGAAGAAAGACAAGAAGAGUAAAAGUAAGAAGACUAAAGCUACACAGUGAAUACAAAAAAAAAAAAACACCAAGGAGAGAGAGGAGCUGUUUAUUCAGCAAGACCACCUUCAGUGACAUCCUGUACUCACCCGUGCCCUGACCUCCACAGCUUCAGGGCAGCUGUGUGGCACUCUAUAGCAACCAAAGGAGUGGAGGUCAUUUCCUCUGCCCGAAUAUUAUCUUGACAUUGUCCCUGUUUGAAACUGUUCGGUUGGUCAAGAUUUUGCCACAAUCAUCGGGUAUAAUUUGGUGGUGCCAUAUGAUGUUGCUGUCUUUCAUUACAAACCUUUUUUUUUUUUUUUUUUUUUUUUUUAAACCCCA